AAUAUUAUUAUUUUCUUACAGAGCAGAUCAACAAAUGUAUCUUCACCUCUCUUUUUCUCUCCUGUUAUCUUCUCUCGGUCUUUGCCAUCUGGGUGACUGGAUUCCUCUUAGAGCUCAGAUGAUGGUUGAUUAACUUCUUCCAAUUUGUAACUCCUUGCUGAGAUUUCUGUUUAUUGUAUUGAUUUCUGAUCUGGGUUCGCACUCUUUUUGCUUCAAAAUUGUAGUUUCCACUUUCCACCCAUAAUCCGUGCUUCUCCAUUUCCACUGUAAAGAACAUUAUUGGGAACGGACCUCUCUGCUCUGGGUCUGUCGAAGUUUUUGUUCUCUUUCUUAAAACGGAUUCAGAGAAAUGGGUUUUAUGCAGGAGAUGCAGCAAACAGUAUUUUCAUAUGAGAAAUUAUCUUUAACUGCUUGAGCUUUUCCAUUUUGAGCACACUGGGAUCAUGGGUAGAGGAAGAGGAAAGGGAAAGAAAUCGACUGUAGUUGCCAAUCAUGAGGAUCCUGGAAGUGGUGGGGAAGAAUCGCUUCCUGCAUACAAGAGAAGGGGAAGACCUCAGAAGCCAUUGAAAGAUGAAAUUGAUGAAGAAGUUGAAAAGAUAGAAGAGGAAGAUGGGGAGAAUACAAAACCGGCUGCCACAUCCAAAGAGGUGAAAAGUCAAGCUGCAGCAGAGAAUGGAAAGAAGAGGAAGAGGUACUCACAGGUAAAAGAGAAGACUGACUCAACCAAGGAGGAGAAUGGUGUUGGAAACAGAUUGAGCACUGACAACUCAAUCAAAUCAAAUGGUUUUCGACAGAAUGGAAACAGGCGUAAAAGCAAGCCUCGGCGAGCUGCUGAAGCUGGUGUUGAGUGUAAGUGAGAUUUGGUUAGUGACGUUAGUCAUUGCGAUAGGUUUCUUCUUUUUUCCCUACUCCAGAUAACUCUUGUAUCUGGGAGUUAAGUAUAGUUGGUGCAUCUCUAUUUCCUAUUUUUCAUUUGCUUUUUAGCCUUUUUUUUGUAUUUUCUGAUUUCCCUGUUCCUUGUUCUUGAAUGAUUUUAUUUGGGAGAUUCAGAACAGGCUACUGCCAUGUAAUCUUCCAUAACACUACUACCAUUGAGUCACUAGUUUUUUUUUUUUUUUCACUUAGUAUUUUUUUUAUGUGGCUUGCAUAACUAGAAGCUUCCAUGUCCUUCUGUUCACCUUAUAAAAUUUUCUGAAAAGGUCUAAAACAGGACUAGCUUGGUAGUA